CACUCGAGUGCAUUAUUUACUUAUAUAUAAGUGAAUUUGUUACAAUUUGGAAGUUGCUAAGCGCCAAGUGACUUGGAUAUAAGGGUAAAAGUAAUUCGGAAUAUCCAUGCCCUUGAAUGAAUCCAUAGAUGUGAAUUCAAGCGAUGUGAUUGAUUUAACAAGAACCCCUUCUCCUAGUAACGAUAUUUCGCAACCAUCUAGUCAUACUGUAAUCGACGUAGAUGCUAUACCCGAUGACCCAUUCACGGCGACUCCUGCAGAAGAGCGACCCCAAAGGGGCAGUAGUCGGCGUCGACUUCGGAGACGACGAAAUUUGGCCUCCAACCCAUUGUCUUACUUGGAAGACAUGGUAUACUUAGGCCCACAAGUCGUUUCUCGAAGAUCUAAUAGAGGUUCGCGCAGUCUACUUGAGAUUAUGACUCGUUCAUUUCCUGAAUUAGGGUCAGCAAACUCGAUGUCUCCAUCUUUAUUUGAAAUGCUCUUGAGUAGAAUGAGGUACGAAAGUUCUUAUUCUGGACAAGAAGCCAAUUCUUCUGUUAAUAGCGAUUAUUUCUCUGACUUUGUCCCCGAAUCAGAAAGUCAAUCGCCUUCUAUCGAAGAACGAAAGGAAACUUAUGUUCCCCCGAAGCCUGCCACAGAAGGAUAUACAAGGAGUUUUGGAUCUGAAGUGACGAUGACAUGCCCUCGUUGCCAUGAAGAACUAGGAGCUUCGAAAAGUGCAGAAAAAUCAAGUGUUUGGGCAACCAAAUGUGGACAUGUUUAUUGUGGUUCCUGCUCAAAGGUUCUCAAGAGUAGUCGAAGACCAGAAGCUAGGUGUGCAGCCUUUGGCUGUAAUCGUUAUUUAAACACAAAAAAUGCUAUGUGGGAAUUGUACUUCUAGAUUACGAUUGAUAGAAUGGUUUAUGUUAAUAUUUAUUUAGUCUUCUUUCUUGUUAUUUAUAUACAUUUGUAGAUCUGCUUUGUUCGUAGAGCGUCUACGGUGAAGAGAAUGAACCAAGCUUUUUGAAAGUCCUUAAUCUAGAUCUGAUUCUUGAAAUCCCUCAUUCACCAAAGAAUUAAUUAUCGACAUCGCCUGCUUUUUCCGUUCGUGUAUGUCUAGAUUUGACCCUAAAAUUGGUCAGCUUAUACUCUCUAGGGGUUUCUGUACCUCUAAGAUGUUUUACUUGAUCAAUUAGACUAUCCAAGUCUGAUUCUUCUGGGGACAUAGAUACAUCUGUACCUAGUAACCUAUUUUGCUCUGAAUUGUUUUCAUUCGAAUCAAAAUCCCAUUCGCAACAAUCGAAAAUUUCUAGAACUCGUUCAAGUCCUAACUUUUCUACUAAGUGUUAGUAUUUUUCUAGUGUUUUUGACACUUGCCUCCAAACUCAUUCUUUCCUGUCUGAUAGAAUGCAACGUAUUCUAGAUAUGGGCAAUCAGGGGGAGUCAUCAUAGAUUCGGUGUCCAUGUGAAGUCCAACCAUUGGAAUAGGUUUUUCUAAAUUUUGAAUAAAACUUUCCCAAAGAGACCAUUCCUGAGGUUCGUAGGAUCGGAAUGUAUAGACAAUGGCACCAAUAGCGUCAAUUACUUCCUUAGCCUCAUCAGAAGCAUAUGCACCGAGUGUUUCUUUCAAAUCGGUGUAUUCAUCAACCCAUAAUCCAACCUCUUUUUGAAAGUACUUAUUUCUCAACGUAUAUUCGUGAGAUAGACCAGCAUGCGAUGUUCCAUUUGAUGCCAACUUUAGCCCUUUAGGCAGACUUCCCGUCAAAGCUACUGUUUAGUAUUCUGUUUUUAUUUUUGCUUAUUAUAAUACUUCUCGUUCAGCUACCUUUCACGAACGUUACUUUACCAGAUUUCGGUUUCCCUAUGACUAAGAUUCGUUUCGAAUCCAUCUUCAAUCGUACAAUAUCGGCGCUGAAUACUUCAAAAACCUAAGAAUUGAAAAGUCAGUACACUUAUAGCUCUUAACAGGGUAAAAGCUACAGCAAAGAAAACUUACAUAAAUUCAUUUUAUGCCUAUUGAAGCAAAAGUCUAACAAAUGUCCUGACGCUUCUUUUUCUACUAUAAGCCAGGUUAACGAAGUUGUGUAAAUUUGGAUAAUUUUGAAUACUAACAUGCAUAAUAUAGUUGUAUGAAGAUUUGUUUGACUACGCUAAAUCAUCCACGCAGGCAUUAUAUGUGGUGUAUUAUAGUACUAUGCAGGAACACAACCACGACGAAAUUAAAGAAGUA